ACCAUUUUAUAAGUCGGAAAUAUAAUAUUACCUGAACCAAUUGAAGAAUUUUGGAAUGCUAAGUUUGAUUCAAUAACUUUUAAAUUUUAUCAAAUUUAUUGAUUCAAUAAGUUUAACUUUCAAAUUUUAAUCACUUCCUAAAACUAACUAAUUAGAAAAAUUAUAUAAACAAUUUUCAAAAUCCAUGUAUUUAUUAAAAAAAAAGAAAAAAAAAGAAAAGAAGAAGAAGAAGAAGAAGAAGAAGAAGAAGAAGAAGAAGAAGAAGAAGAAGAAGAAGAAGAAAACAUAAGCGUGCAUAUGGGAUUAUGGAUCACAUAACUGAAUCAAAUGAAAUUGCGAAAUUAACGAGACUAUAAUCAAUUACCAAAAUCAAUGAUUCUGAAAUCUAUAAACGAACGAUUUAGCCAACACUAAACCCUAUCAAUACCUUACGAGAGGAACUGCUACCAAAGGAACUCUACAGGCAUCGAAAUCCAAGGCUACAAGAUACAUUUAUUCGUGAAACAUUCGUCGAUCUGAGCAAUAUGUUGAACAAAUGAAACAUAAUCGGGGAAAACUUCUUAUUCCAAGUAGAGGAGGCUCACGAUCGAUAGCAAAUCACAAAUUUGCAAUGACAAAUAAAGAGACUAAGAUGCCCCCCAGCCCAAUCGAAUUAUAUCAUAAGUUGCAUUUUCAUCCUAUAAAAGAAUGGAUAAAUGAUGAGUCGCGCAUUCAUUACGAGGAAGAAUGCGCCAAAUUAGUUUCGGCGGGAACAAGGAUUACUCAAGAAAUGGAAUACGACAUAGAGAAAAAAGUCAUUAAAAUUGUUUGUGCCAAACAUAAAACAUUAUUAUCUGGAUGGGAGGCUUCAAGUGGACCUGUUAUGAGGAAAAAAGAUAUACAUCUCUUAUCAACCGUAGAAACAUCUCAAUCAGCCUCAAAAGACGAAGAAGAUAUGAAAAGUAAGAUUGUUGCACUUGAGGAGGAGGUUCAAAUAAACGAACAGAAAGUCAAACAAAGUGAGGAAAAAUGUGAAAAAAUGUUCCAGUUUAUUAUCUCGAAGUUCCCGGAUUCUCAAAACAUAUUAUAUCCACCCAAUGAAGAUGAAGCCCGUGCGUACGAUGAUAUAACAGAUCUAUCAUAGCAAGCGUAACAUUCAUGACCGUUCAUUAAAAUUUGGAACCUCUUUCACGUAUGGUUUAGUUAUUUACUAGUUUCUUAGACAUUUUUGUUUGUUGUUUUAAAUUCGGAUAUGAUGUCUAAAUUACGGUUUAUUUAUCUAGUACUAGUUCAUUUGGUGUA